AUGGAAGAUCCCUUUUUGGCAUAUACCCCUUUCAAAAACUGCGAAAACCUUUAUAUCAGGCACCUGCAUGAGAUUGUGGGGUCAUUUGUCUUCUACCAAUUCAUAAUAUUCAGAUGGCUUGCGCCCAAAGCUAAUAAGCUGAUCUUUGGACGCCACUACAGUAGCAUUAAAGAUGAGGAGACGAAAUUGAACUUUGAUAUUCAUGCGGUGUCCAUGGUGCAAAGCGUGGUGAGCUUGGUGCUGACAUGGAAGAUUCUAUUUCUUCCAUUCUCUUUAAAUGUGGCAACUUACCAGGAUCCCUUCACCUCAAUGGUGUCCUCGUUGACUAUCGGAUAUUUUCUGUGGGACUUGUACGUCUGUUUAAAGUACUUCUCCAUGUUCGGUAUCGGCUUCCUCGGACACGCGUGCGGAUCAUUGUACGUCUUCACCAUUUCGCUCAGACCUUUCUGCCAGCCUUGGAUUGGCAAGUUUCUGAUCUUUGAGGCUAGUACUCCGUUUGUGAACAUCAAUUGGUACAUCAGCCAACUUUCCCGCACUUCGUCUAAACCCGUCGUUCCUACCUGGUUUAACAUGGCGAAUGGGCUUCUUUUGAUGCUAGUAUUUUUCCUUGUGCGUAUUGUUUGGGGAUUUGCGGCAAUUGUUAUUCUAUGUUAUCAACUCUGGGUGUGGAGAGCCAUCAUUCCAAACUGGCUGCCAUUCACUCUCGUUCCACUAAACUUUGGAAUGGACGCUCUAAAUGUGUUCUGGCUUUCGAAGAUGGUUAAAAUCGCCAAGAAAAUGGCAAACGGGGGCUCAAAGAGCAAGAAGUUUUGA